AUGAACAAGGGAAGAGAGGCGAUUCUUAGAUGGUGUCAACGAAACUCCUAUGGCUAUGAAGGAGUAGAGAUUGACAACUUUGACACAUCAUUUGCCGAUGGAUUAGCAUUUUGUGCCUUGUUAGAUAGUCAAAGACCAGAUCUCCUCAAAGACUCUGGACUCGAAUGGAAUGACUUGUUACGUGACUUUACUCGUCUCGAGCGUUUGGAAUGGGCAUUCGGUAAAGCAGAUGAAAUUGGCAUUCCUCGUUUACUCGAUCCAGAAGAUAUUGAUGCCGAACGUCCUGAUUCUAAAGUUGUGAUCACCUACCUCUCCGGAAUGAUUAAAUUCUUUCAAGAGGAUUCUGCUGUGGAUGAAGCACAAGUGGAAAAACCAACAGGAUCCUUUGCUGCAGCCAUUGAUGAUUUGAUUUCUUCCUCAAAGAAGGAAUCUAAAUCACCAAAAUCAUCUCCCUCAGUCAAUUCUACUAGUUCAGAAAAGAAGCCAAACACGGUUCCAAAACUCAACAGCCAAGACUCAACAACCAAUUCUUCUACUUCUUCUUCUGCCACCUCAAGUCCUGCUAAAAAAGAAGUUCCUCUCGAAAAGCAAUUGGAAAAUCUUGAAAAGAUGUUCCAAAAGGGACUCCUCGAUCAAGCAGCCUUUGAAAAGGGUAAACAAAAGAUUAUGGAAAAGAUGAAGGAACAACAAGCUCAAUUGAGUGCUCGUAGUGAUCAUUCCUCCAAUUCCGAGUCAUCGACUUCAUCUUCUCAAAGCAAUGAUCCACAUGUUGAUAAGACUGCCAAAGCCAUUGCAAAUUUACAAAAACUCUACGAGAAGGGAACACUCUCCGAAGAAGAAUAUAAAAAGGCUUUGGAGAAGUUAAAGGCAAAGCAAGGAAAUAAUACUCCUUCUUCGACUGCCAAUGGUGCUACGACGGCUACCACUACUACUACUGCUACGAGCAAUGGAGACUCUUCCUCAAUUGAUACCUCCAAAUUCUCUCCUGAUCAAUUGAAACAAUACGAAAAGUUGAGCAAGAUGUAUUCAGGUGGAUUGUUGAGUGAUGCCGACUAUCAAAAGGCUUUGAAUAACUUGUUGGAUAAGGUGAAUAAGGGUUCAUCAUCUUCUCCUGCUACAAACUCUCCAAGAACUCCACCUGUUUCUACUCCUACUUCUUCUUCAAGCAAUUCAUCUUCCUCAACCUUCAAAUCAUCUGUUCCAUUGGAUAAGAUUCAAGACACCAAGAAAUUAAACAAUUUGAAGACUCUCCUCAAUAAGGGAAUUAUGACUGAAGAAGAAUUUGAGAAAUCCGUUCAGAGAUUGUACCAACAAGAACAAGAAAAACAGAAUGCUCCUGCAACCUCACCCACCACACAACCACAACCAUCAUCUGCUGCUACUUCUUCUGAACUCGAUAUUGAUAUUGAUAACGUGAAAGAGGAAGAUUUAGAUGAAAAGACAAGAGGACGUUUAAAGGCCAUUGAAAGAAUGUACAACGCUGGUCUCUUCAAAGAUAAUGAAUAUGCUCAUUCCAGAAGAAAGAUUAUCCUACAAGGAUUGCAAGAGAAUGGUGGAUCAUUCCCCAAGUCAUCAGCAAGUACCACUUCCACUACUGCUACUUCCGCUACGAGUAGUGCUGUUGCUGCUACUACUAGUACUGAAAAGAAGCCACCUGUUUCUUCUUCUACUAGUAGUACAACAAGCAACACACCUUCUUCAACCUCCUCCACUCCAUCUCAACCUAGAAAGAGAACUGAAAGUGUUCUCAUUCAACAGCCAAAUCUUCCUAAGGAGAUGAACGCAGACAUUGAAGAUUACAAAAUGCUCUAUGAAAAGUUAUUACUCGAACACAAGAAAUUGGCUGAAGAAUUUGAUGAAUUGGAAGAGGAGUAUUCUGGAUUGCAAGAACAAUUAUCUUCUUUGUAUGAGCAAUCUUCAACAAAGAAGACAGAAGCUCCAAAGGAAGAAGUCCCAGAAGAGUUGUUGCCAAUUAUUAAGAAGAUUGUAUUGAGAAAGAAGACUUCUAUGGGUAAAUCAUUUGAUGUCAUUGUGAUUUAUCCAAACAGUGAUGACAAUGGAAAUCAGGUCUUGAUGACUGAAAAGGUGAACAUUCAUUAA